UCGGUGCGAACAUCCAGGGACCAAUGUGACUAUUUACCCGGAAAAAAGAGAAACAACUAGUUAUCCUUUUAGUGAGAAGCUUUGGCUUAUUAGGCACAGAAUAAAAUCAUCAUUUUCUGAUUGCUGGUCAUCUCCAAACAGAACGAGCGAUCUCCAUCUUUUGUGGCAGAAACAUUUGGAUUUGUUGCAUGAGAUGUUACCGGCCGUCCUCCUCCUCCUCCUCGUCCUCGUCCCUAUCAUCCUCUCCAUCUCUUUUAAGUUAGACUCUAGAAAAGAAUGUUCAGACGAAAUUUCAAAGGCACUAAACAAUAAGAAAUACCAUGUGAUAGGAUUGUAUGGAAGUAGGGGCUCCGGUAAAUCAGCACUACUGAAAUCUAAGUUGAAAGUGUAUGAAAAGUAUUUUAGUAGAGUUUUUUAUUUCGCAUUUCCCAAUAUGUCAAAAAAUCAAGAUAUCAAGAACAUUCAAGAGCAAAUUGCAAACAAGUUAAAAUUUUGUUUUGAAAGACAUCACACUCAUGCCCAAAGAGUAUCAAUGAUAAAUUCAAAAUUAAUAAGUAAGGGUGAAACUACUCUUAUCAUCUUGGAUGGUUUACCGACAAUGUACAAACUGCGAGAUCUAGGUAUUCCUUACUGUAGGAAAGGGUUCAUGGUCCUUUUGACCACACGUAAUAAGGUUGACUGCAUCUCGAUGGGUUGUAACCAUUCUAUUCGUCUGAAUCCCUUAUAUAGAGAUGAAGCUUUUGAGCUGCUAAAAAAUCUUUCAGGCUUUCGCGUUCCAUCUCCCCUAUUUGGGGUGGCACUAGAAGUUUCUUCUAAAUGUAAUGGCUCACCUGGUCUAAUUAAAGAUGUGGUGUCUUCAUUGAAAAGUAAGUCCAUUGAGAAGUGGAAAGAAACAUCGGUCAGUCUAAGCCACUCCACUGCCCGCUACCAAAUUUUUCUUAACUUUAGAGGAGAGGAUACUAGGGGGAGUUUUACAAGGCCUCUUUAUCAAUCUUUGUGCUCUGAGGGAUUUGAAACCUAUAUGGAUGAAGAAUCAUUGGAUCCUGGCGCCCGAAUUCACAAGCUUCUUGAUGACAUUGAAGAAUCAAGAUCUGCAAUUGUUAUUUUAUCUGAGAGUUAUGCUAACUCUGAAUGGACUCUUAGAGAACUUGUCAAGAUUCUCGACUGUCAAAAGAGGAAAAACCAACUGGUUUUGCCAGUUUUUUAUGGAGUGGAACCAACAGACAUAAGGAACUUGAAAGGGAAGUUUGGUGAAGCAAUGGCCGAAAUUGAAAACAAGUUUGGAAAAGAUUCUAACACAAUACAUGAAUGGAAGCAGGCUUUGCGUGAUAUUUCCUACUUGAAAGGAGAGCCUUGCCAUGUUUCCAACUUGAAUGGAGAGCAGGACAUAAGGAUCCGAGAUCAAUUAAUAGAAAAGAUCGUAAGAUUUGCGCGUGAUCAAAGACAUCGCUUGCAUAUACAGAGCAUGUAUAUGAACUAGAAGAAAGACUGCGUCUGCUUCUCUUCCAGUGAGUGCAACAGAAGACAGAACUGUUUGUAAAUGGUUAUUGGAUCAAAAAUGGAUUUUGGUUGUAAUUUGUUUUGGACACAUUUAUUUGGAUAGUAUUUACUCAUAAGUAAUAAAUCUGUAGAAGAAGUGUAGUUUUUUUUUUCUUUUUUCUGCUGUGACCACAUGGAAUACUUGCAUUGUCUUCAAAGCUAGAAAUGUGCUUGUAACUUGUAA